AUGGCCAAGGGAGAUGUGGACCAAGGCGCGAAGACCUUCAUGGGCAUGCCCGGCUUCGUCGUCGACUUCUUGAUGGGUGGUGUUUCCGCUGCCGUCUCCAAGACCGCCGCCGCUCCCAUCGAGCGUGUCAAGCUCCUCAUCCAGAACCAGGAUGAGAUGCUCAAGAGCGGUCGUCUCGACCGUCCAUACACCGGCAUUGGCGACUGCUUCCGCCGCACCAUGGCCGAUGAGGGUCUCGUUUCCCUCUGGCGUGGUAACACUGCCAACGUUAUCCGUUACUUCCCAACCCAGGCCUUGAACUUCGCCUUCCGCGACACCUUCAAGUCGAUGUUCGGCUACAAGAAGGAUCGUGAUGGAUACUGGUGGUGGAUGGCCGGUAACUUGGCAUCCGGCGGUAUGGCCGGUGCCACGUCCCUCCUCUUCGUCUACUCCCUCGACUACGCCCGUACCCGUCUCGCCAACGACGCCAAGUCUGCCUCCAAGGGUGGUGAGCGCCAGUUCAACGGUCUCGUCGACGUCUACAAGAAGACCCUCGCCUCUGACGGUAUCCUUGGUCUCUACCGUGGUUUUGGUCCCUCUGUUGCUGGUAUCGUCGUCUACCGUGGUCUCUACUUCGGUAUGUACGACUCGCUCAAGCCUGUCGUCCUCGUCGGUGCCCUUGAGGGCAACUUCCUCGCUUCCUUCUUGCUCGGCUGGACUGUCACCACUGGUGCUGGUAUCGCUUCCUACCCUCUCGACACUGUCCGCCGUCGUAUGAUGAUGACUUCUGGUGAGGCCGUCAAGUACAAGUCUUCCCUCGAUGCCGCCAGCCAGAUCAUCGCCAAGGAGGGUGUCAAGUCGCUCUUCAAGGGUGCCGGUGCCAACAUCCUCCGUGGUGUCGCCGGUGCUGGUGUCCUGUCCAUCUACGACCAGCUCCAGGUGCUCAUGUUCGGCAAGAAGUUCAAGUAA